UGUGUGUGCGUCUGUGUUCACACGUGUGCGUGCAUUGGAGUUGUUCCUUUUUUUCAAUCUGACCACAGAACCUGUUAGCUCACUGUUUGCUUCCUCUUAGAGCACACACAAACGCACACACACACCCACACAAAAACGCAUCACACCACACAAUUGAUAGGGAGGCAGAUACAGGCAGAAGUAUCUUGAUGUUAGAGUUGCAUUAGAUAAGUUGUCAGGGGAAACUCUCUCCCGGUUGAACUGCUGCGCAACAAACCAUUUGGAGUCAUUUGAAGAUGUGCCUUCAAUGAGAAGGAGUAGAGUUCAACUUUGGGGAUAUUCCUGGCAUAGCUGGAGGACACAAGGUGCCUGUUGGGCUAGUCAUGGAGGAGCAGGCCAUGGUACUCAGGCGCCUCCUGGUUCAUCUGGGGAACAAGGAGGCACAAGAGGAUUCGGAGGACGGAUUUGCUGAGGAGUUCUCGAGGUUGAAAAUGCAGUCCAUCCAGUACCGCAAUGACAACACCUUCCCGAGCAAGGCGGCUGUGAUUAAGGACAACGUCAAGAAGAACCGAUACAAGGACAUUGUUCCCUUCGAUCACACAAGAGUAAAACUCUCUCUGAAAACCAGCAAAAAUGAUGAAGACUACAUCAACGCUAGCUUCAUCAAGGGAGUCUCGGACUCCAGAGCAUACAUUGCUACUCAAGGUCCUCUUCCUCAUACGGUGCUGGACUUCUUGAGGAUGAUCUGGGAGUACAAAGUAGAGGUCGUAGUGAUGGCCUGUCGGGAGUUUGAGAUGGGGAGGAAAAAGUGUGAGCGCUACUGGCCAGAGACGCAAGCAGAACAGUUUGUCUGUGGGCCUUUCACAAUUGACUGUUAUGACGAGGAAAAUAAAGGGGACUAUCAGGCAAGAAAACUAAGGAUUACCUAUCAAAAUUGUAGUCGGGCGCUGCAUCAGCUGCACUACUACAACUGGCCUGACCACGGCGUGCCCGACUCCAUCCCCCCCAUCCUGGAGAUGCUGCAGGAGAUGCGGAUAUGCCAGGAUCACGAUGACGUACCCAUCGUCAUUCACUGCAGUGCUGGCUGUGGGCGAACAGGAGUGCUGUGUGUCAUCGAUUACACCUGGAACCUUUUGAAGAGACAGACGCUCCCGCCAGACUUCAGCAUCUACGAUCUCGUCCAACACAUGCGCACGCAGAGGCCCUCUGUGGUACAGACUAAGGAGCAAUAUGAGCUGGUCUACAGAACAGUCAAGUUCCUGUUUGAAAGACAUUCGCAGUCGUUCGAUUCAACAGCCUGUCAAAACAAGGUGCAGCCAGCCCCUUUCCCCAGCCCAGCCAACGAGAAAUCCGACCUGAGCCAAGAGUCAGAAUCUGACUUAAAGCCAGCCUCACAGUGUCUGCUGGAUCCAGAGCCACAGGAUACAAGGUUGACGUUAAUGGAGGAGCAGGUGCUUGGACCCACUCAGCUCGGACCUUCAGCACAGGAGAGGGUUUCAGCAUCUCCCAGCAGAGACGACCACCACUGGAGGGAAGGAGAAGAAGAAGAACAACAACAACCCCAACCACCCCACCACCAACGACAUCCACCACCACUUGAACUGUUACAGAGAACCCCUGAGGUUGUGACCCCGGCCCAGGUGCAAGACCACGUGGGCCACGGCCUGGGACUUAUAAGCAGAGCAAGAGAGGAAGAGAGGCAUGAGCCAGAGGACAGCGAACCGCCACCAAAACCCACCAUGCUUCGCCUGGCCACCACCUGCCUGACGGUGGAGGACCCUUACUUUGGAAGCCCGAACAGAACCUCAUUUCUGGCAGAAGCACCUGAGUAUUUGAUGGAAGACUUGGUCAGCUGCCACGCCCCGACUUUAGCCCUGAACGACCUCGACCUCCCCUGCUCCGCAGGUCAUUCGUUGCAGGUCAUCAUCCCCCAAAAUGCUGCUGCUCUGGCCAUAAGUGAAAUGGGAGGCACAGGGAGCCCCCCCUCACCUGUCCCCCCACUCCCAGAACGAACCCCAGAAUCCUAUGAGUUGGCCCAUGAUGAAGCCCUCCUUGAGCAGUUUACCUCCGGCCGCCCGGUAGGUCAGAACAGAGUGGGCUUGUCCUCAGAGUGGUCCUGUGAUUCAUUGAGGCCCCCUGCCACUCAACAUGAGGUCAAAUCCUGGACCAGGAGCAAGAGCCUAAAAGUAUCAAUGACUUCCCCUGCUGCCCGGUCCAAUAUGAGUUCUAGCCACCUUCCUCCUCCUCCUCCUCCUCCUCCUCCUCCUCCUCCUCCUCCUUCUGCACCAAUACAACCAGAGUUGGAUCCCCUUCUACAAGUGGGCAUGAACCCUCCUCUUCCUCAAAGGACUCCGGAGUCCUUCAUCUUGGCCACUGAGGAGGUGGAUGAAGACCCCGGCUCCCUGCUGCAGGUGUCCGACCCGGGCCCGCGGAUAGGAAUCUCCUCCGAGUGGGCAGGCAGCGCUCAGCCCAAGAAGUUCCUGGAUUUCGUGUUCAUGACCAGGAGCAAGAGUGUUCGUGCAAAGAGUUCAAGACAAGAACCCUUGGCUGUAGUUCGGCAGCUGGCUCCUCCCUCUGUGGUGUUCAGCGGAGCGGGAAGUGGAGUGGAGCAGCAUGUUCACUUUGUGAGCACUGAGACCUCAGUGAAUAAAGCAGUACACACCGACAAUGGGAAGGUCAUGCCUAGAACCAGGAGUUUGAACUUCUUCAGAUCCAGAGGUAAAUCUAAACCUGCAGCUCCACCUGCACCGUUGCAGCCCGGACCCACACCUCCUUCCACGAACGGGACCUCCAGCUCCGGGUUUAAAUUUGGAUUUGGGAACCGUUUCGCGAAGCCCAAGGGGCCGAGGAGUUACCCUGAACCCUGGAUCUGAACCCUGGACCUCUCUCGCCUGCUCUUUCUUUUCUAAAACUCUGGUUAAACCCCCCAUCCUGGAGAUUGGGAUCCUAUUUCAUCAACAGAAUGGAUAAUUAAUGAUAGUGUCUACCUCAGGGGUCAGCAACCUUUUCAACAUGCAGUGCCAGUUUGACAUUUUCUCGUUAAUGAGUUUGCCUUAAGCAACAAUAUAUGAAAUAUUAAGCUGAAUUAUGACAAAGCAACCGAAAACAUUUCCAGAAGCCCUGGAAUUGUAUUAUUUCCUGCAUCAACAUAAAAAAAAAAAAAAUUAUGUUUGCAACAUGGGCUUACAAAGUAUAAUUGCAUAUGUCCAAUCUUAAAACACCACUUUCAGAAACUCAUUCAAAAACAUAUUUGCACUGUGAGAAAUGUAAAAAACAAGAAUAUAUGAGAAUGGUGGAACCAUCCACAUCAAUAUCUUUAAGACAUGUACAGCUUUGCAAAACCACGUGAAGGCGAUGCAUAAAGGCUGCAACAAUAUUUUAAAUAUUUUUCUUGUCUAUUACUCACGACAUAGGUUUAAAAACUAUAAAUUUAUCCCAUUUCAGAACACUGCUUUCAGCAACUCAUUUAAACAUAUUUGCACUGGGAGGAAAUGCCCAAAACAGAAUAAAGUGCAAAAAAAAACGGUAUUAACGAUUAUGCUGCCGCAUUGUGCGUCCACAUUUGUCAACACAAAUGCUGUCAAACACCUUUUUUUUUUUUUUUGUGAUGAUUAUGCUGCAACGUGCCAGUGGUGGCACGCGUGCCUAGGGUUGCCGACCCCUGGUCUACCUCCUUUGUUCAUUAAGGUUUUACAAAACAAACCCCUUUACUCUCAGGAACAAAUGGCUACACAUCCAUGAUCUGUAAUGGAAAGUUAGUCGAUCAAGUGAACAUGUUUUUGGUUUACAUUGAUGUGUGUAUGCCAUUUUGUUCAUAUUUAUAGUUGACAAACUGCAUUUUGCUGUUGAUCUUUAAACAAAAAGCAAAUCAUUUUAUUGUUUUAAUUGCAAAUAUUCAAGUGGCUAUAGCUUUAUUAAUUCCAUUCAGCAAUUUAUUUAUUGUUCGACGACAUUGUACAGUUGAAUUUAAUAUACUGCCUGCACAAAAUAAUUUAUUGAAUGUAUACAAAUAAUUGGAAUUCCCAGUGUUUUUUUAUUUUCUAUCUUUCCAUAAAAGGUCUCAAUACUUCUACAACACCAAUAUUUCUGUUAAGACGCCAACGACAAACAAAGAAACAAGGCAGACGAGACCGUACAUCCGUCUCAUAAAAACGCUUCGGUGUAGUUCCAGCAGGUUGGCAAAGUAAAUGCUACAUCGUUUUAGUAAAACGUCUGCUUAAUAGCUCCACCCAGUGGUAUAACCAAUAGCUGCAAUGAGCUCUUACUGAAAAGGUAGGUGGAAUAUAUACUAGUGUGGUGACCCACAAGUACGAUUAAGAGACAUUCACCAAGGGAAUGUAUUUUAAGGGAAAGGGUUAUGUCAUAGCAGUUCCGGUUUAACCUGGUUUUGACCUCACUCUCGGUUGAGGUGAAGUUUUAUAUUGAAGUGGAGAGUAAAGCUGACUCGACGCAUCUCCGUCUCCUGUUUCCUCAUUUAUUGCAUUCAACAAUUGAUGGCCCCCCGAUGGACACCGCCAAUGGCAGACCUAUUUGUACCUAUGGAAAGUGGGCCUUUCUCUAGGAAAGGCCCACUUUCCCCCUCCCGUGGUUACACCUACCUCCUCAACAUGGUGGACAGGACCACCAGGUGGCCAGAAGUGGUUCCCCUGUCCUCCACUACAUCAGCGGAAGUGGCCCGGGCGUUCAUUAUGGCUUAGGUGACCCGUAUCGGCACACCGUCCAACCUUUCCUCGGCCCGGUCUGCAGUUUACAUCACUGCUUUGGACUGCGGUCGCUGGGGUCGUGGGGGUGAAGGUCCACCGUACCACAGCCUAUAACCCACAGAGCAACGGACUUUGCGAGCGGUUUCACCGGGACACGAAGGCCGCCCUCAGGGCCAGCCUUACGGGCAGUGACUCCGCUGACCGCCUCCCAUGGAUUAUGCUGGGCCUUCGCUCCGCCCCCAAGGAAGAUCUCGGUUGCCUCCCGUCGUGCUGUGUCCCGGGACAUUGCCAAUGCUUUCGUUCCCAUUCCGACGCCUCACCAUGGCCUCCCCCGGUCCUACUUUCCCAGGGAUUUACCGUCAGCCAAAUACGUUGUCAUCCGCCACGAUGGCCACCGUACCCCGCUGCCCUUCCGCGUCCUGGAGGGAGGGUCUAAGAACUUUGUUAUGGAUAUGGGGGGCAGGGCUGAGCGGGUGGCUAUAGGCCGUCUCAAGCCUGCUCAUGUGGAUAUUGGCAAACCGCUCCAGCCGGCCCAGCCCCCGCGGCGAGGGCGCCCCCUGCGGCAGCCUCGACACCUGCCCCUGCCCUUUGCUCUUCUCCUGUUCUGGCCGCCUGGUCCCCCCCCCUAUACGUUGACUUUUCUAGGUACAGUUGUGAGCUGGUCUGUUCUGUUUUGCACUUGUGGGUGUCCUGUGUUCUCUUUGGGGUACCUGUUUGGUCCGCACUGUUAUUUUGGGUGAAUUCUGGGGGGGCCUGUGUGGUGACCCACAAGUAAGAUUAAGAGACAUUCACCAAGAGACUGUACCUUUAAGGGAAAGGGUUAUGUCAUAGCAGUUCCGGUUUAACCUGGUGUGUCCGUUUUGACCUCACUCUCGGUUGAGGUGAAGUUUUAUAUUGAAGUGGAGAGUAAAGCUGACUCGACGCAUCUCCGUCUCUUGUCUCCUCAUUUAUUGCACUCAACACCAGAACAUUUACUUUCCGAAACAGAAAUGUUGACAUAGUUACAUACAAUCACUGACAAUCAUUGUUUUUCAAAUCAAAUAAAUGUGCAUAAACAUAUUCUACCCAUGAAGAUAGAAAUACCUUAUGUAAAGUUAAAUCCAUAUAAAAUAGCAUUGACUCCAAUUAAAUUCAUGCUGGAAGGCAAUGUAAUAAAAAGUUAAACUAACUAACAGAUGAAGAAAAGAUGCCUCCGUGCAAUGUUAGGAACAAAAUCUGAGGCCAGUCCCACAUGGGCGCCAGCUUUGGCUGCUUCCCGGGGGUCCGGCCGGGGGACGGGGAUCCCCCUCUGCCUGGCCCUGCUGCGGCAGUGAAGGGGGUGGAGGUGGAGGCGGAGUGCUGGUGUGGGGGGACCGUGAACGACCCCGCUUUCUGGCGGCCUUGUGGAGCGUGUGACAAACGGCCCAAACCAGGACAGAUUCUCUAGGAAAGUCUGCUGGUGCGCUAGGACCUCCACGGGCUAGCAGGCCCUGGAUGAGGCCAGCCCUGUCGCAGAUGGGAAGGGAUGUCUUGGAAAGGCAGAUGGCCCGGUGACCCAUGGUGCCCCUUUUGACACUGUAUGUGAAUGUUGGCGUUUUUUUGUGUUUCUCUGUGUUCCCAUUUCUAAGUCUGGGAACAGGCCAGCGCCUCUCCUACUGAUACCAGGUGUUAUUUCCCACAACCCUCCAUUUGUUUAUGUCCCAAAAAGGACGAACCAACCAGGCCGUCUGGGACAUAGCCAGGACCGUAUACCUUACCAACGGAGAGACUGCUUCUUUUGUUAUUCACGUUUUCUUAUGUAUAAUACUUGCCCCAUACCUUUGGUUCGGUGAGAAGAGGGAUUGACAGCCAAGGAGCACGUCUGGAGACUGCUCCUCCCCCGCCUACAUUAUAGAUUCUGUAUCCUGCUGUAUUACUUCCUGGAAUAAACCAUCUAUUCGACCCUCUGA